GUCGCGGCGAGCGCACGUGCUAUCGACAACAUCUCGCUUGUCGACUUAUCGACAACUUCUCGCUUGUCGAUUUAUCGACAACAUCACACCGGCUACGAUGUCGCCGAACUAUCUUUUGGGAUUUACAGUGCUGCUUGCGGUCUGCUAUGUAGAGAUCUCAUGUCGACCGUCAAAUAAUGAGUCGACGACAGUUCCUGAAGAAAUCUCUGCUAAAGAACCAAAAGCAAUCGCUGAUAAAGAAGAUGGAUCUAUUUACUAUCAAGCAGAUACUGAUAUAAAUGCACCAGAAGAGAACACGAAAGAAAUUGUUGAUAGAAUCAAAGCAAUUAAUAGUGUUCUAAAUAAACCACGACGUCCACAAAUUAAUUAUAAUUCACCUUAUAGUGAAAACAGUAAUGGUAUAGAUGAAGAAACCCUUCAAAGAAUUAAACAGAUUAUCGCUUUAGAGAAACUUAAUCCGUAUUCGAAAACAAAAAAUCAACCAAAGAGUCACGACUUAUCCGAAGAUGAUCGAAAUCCGUAUUCAAGAUCUUUUAGAGUAAUGCCUAAUAUGGUUUACCCAAAUACGAUACCAAUGAUGUCAUAUUAUUAUCCAUAUCACAUGAAUUAUCCAGUAUUAGUAGCACCGAACACUAAUGACAUCCUUACUAAAUACGCCACAUAUAAUGACUUAAAAUCAGCAGGCCCGAGUGAUGUGAAAUCAGCAAUCCCAGGUGAAAAAUACCAAACAAGGCAAGAACAGCAACCUCUUUUCCCUGGUUUUCCAUCUUUCCCUUCAUUUUCAUUCGAUAACCUCUUUCAAUUUCAACCUUUCAGUCAACUUUUUCCUGUAUUAAUAAAAAAUCCUUUUGUUGCGUUCACUCAAGGUGGUGGAUUUGAAAAUUUUAUUGAAUACGGUCAAAAUGCCGAUGUGUGUAGUAGAAGACAAAAAUCAUCGGAUGACAAAUACAGUGAAAUUAUUAAGAAAUUAGUCGAAGAAAAUGUCAAUCUAGAGCAAUCUGAUAACAAACGCAAUGAUGAUAAUACUAUUUCUGAAACAAAUACUAAUACUAGAGAAUCGCGUGCACUUCGUAAACGGACCAUUGUUAGUGGAGCACCUGCACAACAAGUUGACAACAAAAAUCCUAGAAAGAUUUAUACAACCAAACCUAGUAUUACACGUAAAACUACAAAGAAACCCGUGUAUACUGAAGAGGAUGAAAAUUUAAAAAGUGAUGCCGACGGCUCUUUACGCUUUCCAUUCGGCAAUGGAUUUUCUUGGUUUGGCGAUAGAAAGCCAGUAGCACCCAGUCCUGGUUUUUUUAUAAACAGACUCAGAGUUCGUAAAGGAGGUGUAGCUAUUGCCGGUCCAGGAGGUGUUGCAACUGCUGGUAAUGGAGGCACAGCUAUCGUUGGUCCAGGUGGACUAGCUUAUACUAAGCCCGGAGGUUUAGCUAUCGCUGGUCCUGCUGCACGCGUCGUGGCUCUAUCGCAACAUCAUGAUUUUAAUGACUUUGUAUCUCGCGCAGCUAAGUUAGACAACAAAUCACGAUCUUCAAUGCCAAUAAGAGAAGGCAAAUUAGUAGCAACUGGUCCUGUUAUUUACUACCACCCUACCGAAACACCCACAGAAGAAACUUUGACUGAUAGAUUCCUUGAGGCUGUGAAGAAUUUCCGACAAAAUCGCCAAGGAAUAGUUACUGAUGUGUAUAAUUAUGAUGGAGAAAAAUUUGUUCGAAACCUUGAUGAAGAUCCUACAUUCGUGAUUCAUUUAAGUCCGAGGGCUUCUGCUGUCAGUGGAGAAAAAGGCAUUGCUAUAUCCAAUCCUAUAUCAAGAGUUGUAAUUCGUCGCGGGGAAGUAGCUUCUAUCGUUCACAGUCCAAGGGCCACUGCUGUCGCUGGGGCCGGGGGUAUCGCUCACGCGGAAGCAACUCAAUAUAUACCGUUUUACGGUGGAGGAAAAGGACAGUAUUUGGAAGUUAAGAGAGAUACAAAAGGAGCCAUUCUUAGUGAAAGAGUAGUAGCAGAAGACAGUAUUAGUAGCGAAAACAUACUGAAAAAUAAUGACGAAAAUCUACUUUCCAAAGUUCUAGCAGUCAAUUUACAAAACUUAAAGUCACUAGCUAGUAAUCUAUUAAGGAUACAUAAUUUAGGAAGGAAAACUGGUACAUUAGGUGACCAAGAAAGGAUAAGAUUCAGAAACCAACUGUUUUCGCUUGGAGAAGCUGCCUCUAAUACGAUUAAGUUGAUAGAUGAAAUUGGAGAAGAUGUAGAUGUAUUAUUUAAGAGGAACGCCACACUUUCAAGACAGUAUGGUGAAAACUAUGAAGAAGACGUGGGCGAGGAGGGUAUUGGCAUCGACUCCAUAGAUUCCGGCGAAUCCUACGAUGGUUCCAUCAUUGCUGAAGCUAAGCCUGUUGGUCUUGCAGUGAUCGGCGAAAAUGGUCUAGCAGCCUCCCGACCCAUGGCCACAGCUGUAGCCAGUUCUGGAGUGGCCAUCGCCAGUCCCAUCGCCACAGCCAUAGCCGGCAUAGACCCUUCCUACCUCAAUAUUAACUUACAUGGCGCGCACCAAAAGUCGUAUAAAAUUAACGGGAAAUAUUCAAAUUAAUUAAAAAUCGCCCAAGUGCGAGUCGGACUCACAGACGAAGAGUUCCGUACCAUCCUAGAAGAAAACCCCUUUUUAAUUAUUUUCA